AUGGGGGGUUUUGAACAGAUCAGUGAUGAUUCCUAUCUGGUAGAUCAUGCAAAAAUCGUGCAACAGUUGUACCAUAACAAUUUCUUGGAUCAAAAAUUACAUUCAGCUCAUUUGAAUGGCCUGCUAUUCUGUAUCGAUGUGCCUUACGAUCGUAAAGAGUCCCAAGAUGAUGUAGAACUUGGAAAGAAGCGUAAACGAUUGAAAACUGUGGGAGCUUUUGAUGAAACCACUCAAAAGAUUUCAGAUAACCAUGCACGGUUGCAAGAAAAGUUGAGCAUAAAUCCCAAUCCACAUGCUACAAACAACAAAAUAUCAUUGGAGUUUAUUGAUGCAUUUAACGAUGCCUCCAACUAUGAUAACGAACGUUGUUUCAGAGGCCAAAACGCCACCGAGAGCACUAUACUCACUGAAAUGGAUGGUGAGAGCUUCAUCAUACCACCGCGGGUAACGUUUGUCAACUCGACAAUCGAUCGAUUUAGCGAAUACAUUAAACAGGACGAAACGUUCGACCUUAUGGUGCUCGAUCCUCCGUGGUGGAAUAAAUACAUAAGACGUGUGAAGACAGCCAACGCCAAAAUUGGCUACCGGAUGCUAGCGAAUGAAGAUAUUAAGAAAAUCCCAUUAGAGCAGCAUCUGCACCGGGACACGUUUGUGGUCGUAUGGUGCACCAACGCCCAAACGCACAUCGAUGCGAUUACGAAGGAAUUCUUCCCCAAGUGGGGCGUCGAAUUGGUAGGUGUUUGGUAUUGGAUAAAGAUCACUAAGGCUGGCCAGCCGGUGUGCAAAUUCAACGAGCCGAAGCAAAAACAACCAUAUGAACGUAUCUAUAUCGGUCUUCCGGCCGCUUCCGCGAUGGCGAACACGUUUCCCCGCGAACUGUUCUUGUACUCCGUGCCGAGCACACUGCACUCCCACAAACCACCCCUUCAAGAUUUCUUCACAUCAAAAUUUAUACCAAAAAGUGCAAACUGCCUAGAACUAUUUGCUCGCAGCCUCUACUCUGGCUGCACCUCGUACGGAAUGGAAGUGUUAAAACUGCAAAACAAACGCCUGUACGAACUGGCCAUGGAAGACGAUGAAAACGAUUGA